GCCACUGCAUUCUGCUCCUCGUCACAGAGCAGGAGGUCUCCAUCAGGCCCAGGGAGCUGCUGUGACUUAGCCUUCUCCGGCAUGGGUCACCAUUUGCCUCAGCUGCCUGACUAGAUGCUUCCGGCUCACUGGUCCCUGGUGAAGACAAGCUGAACUGGGCCAUGGAUUACCGUAGUCUAUCUAACAUUCCUUGUAGCCAGGGCCCCCAUUUAUUCUUUCCCCUGCAGGGCUGACCAGCAAGCCCUAGGAGACACUCUUCUCUACUGCAGGAGAUAGAGUGACCCUGAGUCUGUAAGGGAAUGGGCAGAGUCUGGGUGUGUGCUGGAGUUUCUCUCCAGGACACUUCCCCACAGGCUGACUGGCUCAGGAAGACCGAGAUUGCUGGAGCCGUGCAGGCUACUUGGAGAAGGCAGAGGAGGGUGUGGCAGGACUGGAUGGGCCUCGACUCUUCUGUCCAUACUCCCUGUCCUUUCCUCUUAGACAAGAGACUCGUGGGCCUCAAACUCAAUGGCAGUCUCAUUGUGGGACCAUAGGGCUAAGCUGUCACACCUCCCUCCUGUCCUUGUGUUGUGUGGACUGUUCCCAGCAGUGCUGCCAAUGGCCUUUGGAGAACAUUGUCUACACCUGUCCCUCAGGUCUCCCCUCAUCCAAGAUGCCCUCAUAGUCCCAGCCUUAACCUGACAUGCUUGAUUCUGAGAGCCAUAGAUGACUGCUGUGAGCCAGGGCAGUGGGAAGGACAGUUUGUCGGUUUGUUGGCUCUAGAACCUGUAACCUUCUGCUUAGCCUGACAGGCGUCCUCUGGGUGCUUGCACUGUAGUGGGAUUCAAUGCCAUGCAAGGCAUAGUUCCAUCCCGGCAGGUCCCGACGAUCAGAGGGAAUCUGUGACCAUACCUGCUGGGAUCUUGGAGAUGGAAGUAGUGUUAGGCAGCACAGUGGCAGGUGCCUCCUGCAGUGAUAGCAGAGAACCAAGCUUCUCAUCAGGCUGUGAACCAAAACUACCACAGUCUUGGCAUUUUGGAGCUGGAUAGAGACGCAGCCAUCAAGUUACACUCUAGCCCAUAGCUGUCAGAUAGGCGACUGUGGACUCUUGGUGGAUCUCACUGAAGUACUAUGCUGUAAGGGCAUAGGGACUGGGUGGCCUGAGGCCCCAGGGAAGGUCUGGUGUCAUAUACUUGGUGUGGUGGGCAGUGGGGAAAGGGAGCUGUUGACCAUAUCUUGAGCACUCCAUGGUAAAUGGGUCGGUGGGCAGGCAGAGAAGAAAGUGCAUGGGUACUCUGACAAUUGGGCAUGACAUGAGAGAGGCUCAACCAAGGCACUGGGACGGGAGACAGAUAACCCCAGCAGACCAUGGGGACUCCAUGUGGGUAUGGAGGACUGGUGGCAUCCAGUAGUCUAGAGUGAUGGACAGGGCUUUGGAGUUGGAUAGUAUGGAAUUGGCAGGUCCCUAGAACUGAAGGGAGGUGUGUCUUGGCAGGGACGUGUGUGAUAGUGCUGAUGUUGAACCCUGGAAUUAAUGUCCUUUGUGAGGUGGCCCUGAGAACUGGCACCAGGUUCUGUCGAGCUGGGGGAGGGGCAGAUAGCCCCCACAGCAGGAGCUGGAGACGAUGGUUCUCGCCAUGCUUGGGGCUCUGUACCCCAGGGCCGGGCUCAGUCUCUUCCUUUUUUACCUCAUCCUGGCAGGCGCACUCCUUCGACCUCAGCCCCAGAGGUCUCAGCAAUCUGUUCCGGAGGAAUUUUCAGCCCCGCUGGAACUGUUGCAGCCUCUCUCAGGCCUGGUGGAUGACUAUGGGCUCAGACCCAAGCACCCGAGGGCAGGUGGGCCCCGACCCCUUCUCUCCCAGGCCCAGCAGCGCAAGCGGGACGGGCCCAACAUGGCUGACUAUUACUAUGAUGUGAACCUGUGAUGGGAACCCCGCAUAAAGCUAUUCUGGGCAGCAA